CUUUCUUCUUCAGUUUUUUCCCCCUCUUUUAACAUGUGAAUCAAAAGCGGAAGAAGCGCGUACUUUACUCCCUAAUUUGGCUUACAUAUGAUUUUUAGCCAUGGAAUGAUGGAAAAUUUGAGAGAGAGAGAGAUAUACAAUAUAUCUUUUAAUGGCUUUUCUCUCUUUUAAGUCUUGUGAUUCCUCUUUGUUACAUGUUCAUGCUAAGAGUUUUCACUUGUGUUUGUUGUUUCAUAGAAUAUAACAGUCCAUGCAUAGGCCUCUCAAUGUAAAUCAUUUUUUUGUGUGGUCAUGUAGCCCUUUUUAGCCUCAUGAUGGACAUCUUCUGAAUUUCUGUAACAAGAGCAUGUCUCUGGCCUUUGGAGCGCUUAGAGAAGUAUCAGUUAUUAUGGACCACAAACAAUGGCCUGGGAUCUAAAGUGGAUGGUGUUUAUUAAAGAUGAGAGCCUGAAGAGGGUAAGUGAAAGAGGCUGAUCCUUGUUUUGGUGAUAAGGGACGUUAUCCUUUACACCCAUUGAGACCUUUUAUUUUCUAAAAUUAAACAAAGAAAAAAAACAAAAUGAAAGAAGAAGAGCAUGCAACAUUCCUCAUCCAUAAAAAGAAAAGAAACUUUCUUAUUCACCUCACCCAUCGCUUUCAUUAUCCCCGUUCCCAACCUCACCAUUCCCAUGAGACACCGUUCUUUUAAACGCUCAAAUCUUUCACCUCAGAUAUAUAUAAUAAAAUUCACUUCAGUAGUAGCUACAACAUUCAUAGACAAAGUCUUAUUACUACCGUAAGUAUAUCUCACUCUCACUAACUUCUCUUCACCAGAAAAUGUCGACCGCUCCUCUCUCCGGCUUCUUCCUCACCUCUCUUUCCCCUUCUCAAUCUUCUCUCAAGAAAGUCUCUCUUCGUUCUUCUCCAACUGUCGCCAGCCUUCCCUCCUCCUCUUCUUCCUCCUCAUCCUCAUCCUCCCGUUCCGUUCCAACCCUUAUCCGUAACGAACCCGUUCUUGCUGCUCCUGCUCCUAUCAUCACCCCUUACUGGAGCGAAGAGAUGGGUAGCGAAUCAUACCAAGAGGCCACUGAAGCUCUCAAGAAACUUCUCAUCGAGAAGGAAGAGCUAAAGACGGUAGCGGCCGCUAAGGUGGAGCAGAUCACGGCUGAACUUAAGACAGGUGCCCCCUCCGACAAGAAAGCUUUCGACCCCGUGGAAAACAUUAAGCAAGGCUUCAUCACUUUCAAGAAGGAGAAAUACGAAACCAAUCCUGCUUUGUAUGGUGAGCUCGCCAAGGGUCAGAGCCCUAAGUAUAUGGUGUUUGCUUGUUCGGACUCACGUGUGUGUCCAUCGCACGUUCUCAACUUCCAGCCAGGAGAUGCCUUCGUCGUCCGUAACAUCGCCAACAUGGUUCCUCCUUUUGACAAGGUCAAAUACGGUGGAGUUGGAGCGGCCAUUGAAUACGCUGUUUUGCAUCUUAAGGUGGAGAACAUUGUGGUGAUAGGACACAGUGCUUGUGGUGGGAUCAAGGGACUUAUGUCUUUUCCCUUAGAUGGAAACAACUCUACUGAUUUCAUAGAGGACUGGGUCAAAAUCUGUUUACCAGCCAAGUCCAAGGUCAAAUCAGAAGUUGGAGAUUCAGCCUUUGAGGACCAAUGCAGCCGAUGUGAAAGGGAGGCAGUGAACGUUUCACUAGCAAAUUUAUUGACAUAUCCAUUUGUGAGGGAAGGACUUGUAAAGGGAACACUUGCUUUGAAGGGAGGCUACUAUGACUUUAUUAAGGGUGCUUUUGAGCUUUGGGGACUUGAGUUUGGCCUCUCCGAAACUAGCUCUGUUAAAGAUGUGGCUACCAUACUACAUUGGAAGCUGUAGGAACUCUUUGAAGCCUUUAUCCCAUUCAACCAAUCAUCUUGUUGUUUCCAUGUCGCUCAUCAUGAAAUAACCAUUCGCGUUUUAUUUAAUAAUUAAAAAUGAAUAUUGCAUGUA